AUGGAGAGGGCACUCGAAUUUACAGAGAACGCGUUUAAGUAUUUUCAGCCAACACUUGACCCACAGAUGAUGUCGUACCUUACACAUUGGAGCGACGCCUCAAACUUUCGACUUGUCUAUAAUUCUCAAGGCGACGGGUUACAACGUAAAGACAUUGUUAAAAAGAUGGCAGGGUUACAAAGGUAUGUCAUUGUUGCAGAGUCGACUGACAUGUUCUUUGGAGGGUUUUACUCCUCUGUUUUUCCAACAGCUCCAUCCUUCAAAGCAGAUUUUGUUACAAGGAAAAAUCACUUCGGCUUUAUACUGAACAAAAAAGAUAUGGGAAAUCCUCUUAUCUUAAGGCCCAAAGAACUUAGUACGCGACUUGACAUGUCUCUGAUCAUACCAGCACUAGACGAGUAUGUCAAAGAAUCAAUCAUUUCAAAGGACUUUUUCGUCAUCAUGUCGGAUAAGAGAUUCAUGUUUUUGGAUACCAUAGAAGAUGCCUAUACGCUGUCAAACAACACUGUGUUGUUCAGUCACGAAGGUUUUAUCUUGACUGUGUUUGGUUUUGAAUGGAUUUGA